AGUGUGCUCACAAGUUUCGGUAAGAAUCGAUUCUCAAGUGGGAUUUAAGUAGAUAUCAAUUAAAUUAAUAUAAGUCGGUAUGUAAUGCUUAAUAAUAAAAAAACUUAUGUAGGACGGUUGGAAGGACACUGGACAGUUUUACCAGUGAUCUUUCUGUCGCCCUAUUUUUUCUUAACAAAGUGUAGGGGGGCACCUUUUCUUGUACACCCGCAGACCACCAAAAUUGGUGUCUACUCGUUGAUUGAAAGAACGGGUUCUAUGUUUGUUUUUUCAAAUCAGGGAGGGAAAAGAGUCUAACGAGCGUAUUGGGGCGAAAAAUCAGGAGAGAAAAUAGAAAAAUCCGUCGAUUUGGAAAAAAAUCGAAUUUUUUCGUCAAUCGGUCGGUGAUUUUGGGCAAGAAGGGUUUUGCUUCUUUCGAUCGUGAGUUACAGUGUCAGUCCGAUUUCAAUCUCACCGAUGGCCGAUCUGGGACGCUAAGAAGGACAUCGGAAGAAAGAUUUCUCAACCAAACAGACUAAAGAUUGAUGAUGUAAAGAUUUUCCGAUGGGAACCGUCAUCAGUAAAGCUGCGAAUGGCAUUGGUGCCACUCUUGCCGCUACCUUUGUAGCUCCCAUCAAGACCAUCUUUGGCGCAUCAUGCGAGGGUGUUUGUUCAGGAACAUGGGAUUUAACCUGUUUCAUCGAGCAUUUAUGCGUCUCCAAUCUGGUGAAACUGUUAAUGGUUUUAGGCCUCUGCUAUAUAACAUUACUGUUUUUCUAUCUCCUAUUUAAAUUGGGAAUCAUCCAAUGCAUAGGGAGAAGCCUUUGUAAGAUGUCAUGGGCCGCCUGCAAGACGUAUUGGUAUGCGUUAGGAGAUAUCAGCUGUUUUCUGUGGUACAAGCUCAAGAACACGAAGCGGAUAUACCGCCGCCGCCGCCACUUCCCAGAUGUAGAAGAAGGAUACAGUUCGAGUGAGGAGGACAGCCAGUCUCUGGAGAAUUAUGGGAGGUUGAGGGUGUACAAAGAGCGGCGUUCGGUGAGGGAGAGGAGGAAGGACCGGAUGCGGAGGUCUCUACAUCCUCUGCGGCACAGGUCGAAAGGCCGGUAUAGGAGCUGCAGCGGCCGCCACCAUGUGCGGUGGAAGACGAGCGAAGUGUCGGUGCGUGUUAAGGACUUGGGCAGGGGACAGAAUUCAAGGCGGCUGCUGCGAAGGAGGAAUGCAGCUCAUGUAAGGGUGUACAGGAGGAGGAGAGGAUGAGGUGAGCUUCUCUUGGGAGGGAGACUCUACCCUGUUAUGGGAAAUUUCAAAUUUCAGGUUCAUUUGUGUCGUUGUCUCUCUACACUAGUAUCACAAAAAAGGGAAAUGAAAAGUAAAAGUACCUUAA